AUUGGGGUUGCCCUCUUAUUGGAUGGCACUUGUAUCCCGCUAAUGAUUGAAGAAAACUGUUACAUAGCUAGAGUAGACUUGGGCGCCUAUACAGUUAUUGCUGUUAGCCGUGAACGCCAUCUUGGAUCUAGAAGGUUUCUAAAUGGGGUUAACAGGAAAAGGGUCAGGAAAAUAGAUACUUUCGUUCUUAUUUUGUAAUUUCCCCCACUGGCUGAUGAUGAAGAAACACGAGUCAUGACGUCGCCUCUUUAUUUGCUGAUAUAGUUAAAAUCGGUAAAUCUGAGAGGAUUGUGGACUGAGGAAAUUUCCGCAGUUUACUGUAACUUGGUUUGUUUAUGUUAUUCAACCCGGACAUGGACUCUUCUAUCCCAGACAUACCAGAUGACUCUCUGGGUUUGGGAGCCGGUGGGGCCCAGGCAAGCAGCAGUGCUGUUGUGCCAAAAGGGUCCAAUAAGAGACGAGCUGCGCCAGACUUCGAUGAUGAUGAUGAUGGAAGCAAGCUCUUCAGAUCUUCUUCUCUGUCUUUGACCAGGUGUGAUGACGAUGGAGGAGGAGGAGACAAAGAGCGAUUUGCCAGGGAGAACCACAGUGAGAUUGAGCGGCGGCGGAGGAACAAGAUGACUGCUUACAUCACAGAGCUGUCAGACAUGGUUCCCACCUGCAGCGCGUUGGCACGGAAACCAGAUAAGCUGACCAUCCUGCGCAUGGCCGUGUCCCACAUGAAGUCUCUGAGAGGGAGCGGCAACACUGCAGCAGACGGGACAUACAAACCAUCCUUCCUCACCGACCAGGAGCUGAAGCACCUGAUCCUGGAAGCUGCUGAUGGCUUCCUGUUUGUGGUGUCGUGUGAGAGUGGACGGGUCGUCUACGUGUCAGACUCCCUGACCCCUGUUCUUAACCAAUCACAGUCUGACUGGCUAGGCUCCUCACUCUACGACCAGCUCCACCCGGACGACGGAGACAAACUACGAGAGCAGCUCUCUACUGCAGAGAGUAACAAUACAGGGAGGAUGUUAGACCUGAAGACAGGAACAGUUAAGAAGGAGGGACAGCAGUCCUCCGUCAGGAUGUGUAUGGGAGCCAGACGAUCCUUCAUAUGUAGGAUGAGAUGUGGUUCGUGUCCAGUGGAGCCCAUGUCUAUGAACAGAUUGAAUUUCCUGCGGAGCAGGAACAGGAAUGGUCUGGGCCCACCCAAGGAUGGAGAGCCUCAGUAUGUGGUGGUCCACUGCACUGGAUACAUCAAGUCCUGGCCCCCCACAGGGGUGAAUCUAACAGAUGAGGAAGCAGACAAUAUUCAGGGGAGUCGCUACUGUCUAGUCGCCAUCGGUAGACUUCAGGUGACCUCUUGCCCGAGCGACACAGACAUGAACAGCAUCAGCGUUCCGGUGGAGUUCAUCUCUCGUCACAACUGCCAGGGCCUCUUUACCUUCGUAGACCACCGCUGCAUGGCCACAGUGGGCUACCAGCCUCAGGAACUGCUGGGUAAGAACAUCUUGGAGCUGGCCCACCCUGAGGACCAGGAACUGCUGAGAGACAGCUUCCAGCAGGUGGUCAAGCUGAAGGGUCAGGUGCUGUCCGUCAUGUUCCGCUUCCUGUCCAAGACCAGAGACUGGCUCUGGAUCAGGACCAGCUCCUUCACCUUCCAGAACCCCUUCUCUGAGGAGAUAGAGUACAUCAUCUGUACCAACGCCAACGUCAAAACCUCGACUCAGAACACCCUCACCCCCCUCUCGUCCUCAGGGGUGUCUUUGCCCCCCUCGCUGGGGGAGAGCAGUCCUAUCUUCCCCCCUGUGUCCCACAGCCCAGGGCAUGUGGCUGCCAGACAGUUGCAGCAGCAGCAAGCAGAGUUGGGGGGAGGAGGGAGAGAUGGUCUGUACGAGGCAGGACAGGUUACACUUCCACAGAUGCCUGUCCAGGCCGUGACCGCAGCUGGAACUGACCACAGUAAGACCAUGGACAAGGCAGAGAUGCACCCCUCCAUGUACCCCAACCCAGACCAGGCCAAGUUCCUGCCCUCCACCUCUGCCACCGGAGUACCCAUCUACCCUCAGGACAACAACAACUACACCACUGCCAACCGCUCCAACGACACAUACAGCAGGUCAGUAGGGAUGGCCCCUCAGAUGGUGCAGCCAUCCCACUCCGCAGGCCAGGUGCUGGCUCAGAUGUCCCGUCAGAACGGGGCACCCCCCUCCAACAGCAGCCCCCUACAGGGAGGGGCAGCGGUGAGCUGGCCGGGGCCAGCAGCAGGGGCUAGACCCCCCUUCAACAACCAGCAGGUGGUGCCCCAGGCAGGGAAGGCCCUGUCUCCCCAGUUUGCCAUGGGGAGUUUUGUUGGGGGCCCUUCCUCCUCAUUUGGGGCGAUGCCCAACACUGCCGCUCCGACCCCCACCACGGGGGCUAACUACCCAAAUAUCAACCCCCGCGCCAGCCUCAAUACCAACGGAUAUGAUGGCUUGGGGUCGGGGCAGCAGUUCCCCUCCAGGGCAGUGGAGGCAGUGUGGCCCCAGUGGCAGGGCCAGCAGCAAGCUCAGAACAGGGCAGAGCAGCACCCCCACACACAGAACAACCAGCCUGACAUCUUCCCUGAUGUUCUCGCCAUGCUGGACCAGCCAGCCAACUUCAACAACGAUGACUUUGAGAUUCCCAUCUACCCCUCUUUCAACGAGUGACCUCACAUACACUCUUCCACUUACCUCCUCUGUCUCUCAAAUGUCUCCUUCUCUCUCAUUUGGUGCACUUUGCUCUCUUUCUUUGCCUGUCGUGAUCCAAAGAGAGCAUGUCUAAUUAUCGCUCAGAUGAUUGCACUGCCAGGAUGGAGAAAGCGAGUUAAUCAGGGAAAAGAGAGAGUGAAAUCAAGUUUAGGUAUGCAAAUGCAGGUUCAAUAAACACGUGAAAGGGGGAGAGAGAGAGAAGAGAUUCAGGGUUCAGCGAUAGUUGGGCAAAAUGUAAAAUGACAUCUGUAGCUAGCACUGCCCAAGCUCCACAGCCAGUGGAUUUGUUGUAGAGAUGUAACACACAAUCCCACCUGAGCAUGCACAAGGCCCUGAGGCAGGCACUGCUUCACCAGUAACACACAAACAUGGCCUUUCACUAACCGAGUCAGCUGUGUGUUUAGAUCUAUGCUGCUCCACUGGUCUGUACAUCAUAUGGAUAGAUCAGUCCAAUCAUUCACUUGAAGCCUCAGGCAAUCCAGGUGAUCUACAGCUUUGGGGGAAUAUGUGGGAAUAUAUAUAUAUAUGGGAAUGUUCUGAUCUGAAGCCUGUGAAUAUCCUCUAUCUGCUCCCCUCGCUGUUUUAGCUUAGCGACCCGUAGCAUGUUCAAAAGGACACUGUCCUCACGCAGGCAGAUUUAUACCAACACUGUACAAACACUUUAUAUUUCUACAUUGACGAUGUCACCUAACAAUGUGGUUAUGGUGGUUUCAGGUGGAAAAGAGGGAGAUAUGUCUAUGACUAGUGAGGGAAGAGGGGGAUAUGAAACUACAACCUGAUGUAUUCCUACAUAUACCCAGUAUAUAAGUCAAGUGUUUAUAUACGGUUAUAUGUCUACUGGAGGUGUUUGUAUAACUUUAUUGAUCUCAACCUGAAUGCAGAGCAAUCCCAGGGUCCCUUUCUCACUCGUUUGUAUUCCUUCCUCUGUUGCCCAGGGUUACCCAGCACACUCUUCCUCCUCUCACGCUCUUCCUCAAUCACCCUCCCAAGUGUGUUUUUUCUCUCUUCUACUUACACUAGGAAAAGGAAAAUGAAAAAAGACAUUGGAAAGCAAUAAUUUACAAGCAGGAAUGAUGUUGUUUUUUAAAGCCAUUCUUUAUUGUUGUCCUACAUGUUUUUAUCUUGAUUAUUGUUCUUGAAUACGGAAAUACACAGGAAGUAGUAAUGAUUUGAGUGAUUGAAAUUUUCCCCAACUGAUGUUUUUAUUUUUUGGCCUUUUGAUUGGCUCUUCCUGUUUUGUAGCCAUCUCCAUUGCUACUUCGUGAUAGGUUGUUUUUGAUGUAUAUUGACCAGGGCAUCUUGUUCAGGACAGAAAGGUCCUGUUUAGAACUGACAAGAUUCCUCAUUCAAUAUGACAGAAUCAUGCCAUGAUGUUUGGCCUGAAAUUCAAGUCAUCCUAAUCAUGUUCCAAACACAUGAGUUUAUUUUUGCAGUAGAUUCAAUCAAAGUUCAUCCUUAUCGAGAUAGUUUGACAUUCAUAAAUAUGAUCUAAAUCAAACAUUUGUUUUCUGAAAUCGAUUGUGAUGUUUAGUAAGUCACUAUAACACUCUUAUACAAGGAAACAAAGAAUUCUGAUUGGGCAACAGAGGGCUGUGAAUUUUAAGGUUCUGAAAUACAAAAAUUGUUAUUGUGUAGGCCUUUCAUUUUAAGUCUGAUAAUGUAUACAUGUCUGUGAGCGUAAUUCACAGACUUGCCGAAACAUGUGAAUUGUAUGUAAACCCAUCAUGUGUCAAUAGUCACACGAUGAAAAUGGCAGUUUGAUGACUGUGUUGUCUUGUUAUUGUUUUAAACCACUUUGGUUGUUCCCUGUCCAGGUUUUUACAAUGAUGUGAGCUGCAGUUUAUAUAGCGCACACAGAUACACAAAUAUAGGAAUGUAUAUGAAAUGUUAAACAAGAGAAAGUGAAAUUGUUUGGUUUUUCUAUUAAAUUGUUAUAUUGUCAAGAA